AUGCUGAAGAUACCACAGAUAUCAACCUUGAAACGACAGCAGAACAAGAAACACAAGAACACAAGAAAAGAGAUUGUCUUGCGUAAGUAAAACUGAGAAACCCCAUUUGGUAGAACAGAUAAAGAAAGACAUACUAAUAAGAAUUAACUGGUAAAGUAUUUCUCAGACAUCGCAACUACCAGAAGUGAUGUUGGAGAUACCACAGAUAUCAAUCUUGAAACGCCAGCAGAACAAGAAACACAAGAACACAAGAACAAAGAUUGUUUCGCGUAA